GAAACGGAUAGCGUAAAACUGGUCAAACCAAAAGUAUGAUAAAAAUGUAAAUAAAAUGCUCAAGAAAACUCGUACCAGGCAACAACAAGAAAGAUAUUUCGUGCCACACUUUAAGGAAGCAAUUGCAAAGGGCAGAAACUAUGGAAAAUAGCCAAUUUUAUGUUUAAGUCCGGUAGAAACGUUCGAUCCGUUCCUUGGGCAAUGGGGAAAGCCGUCAGACGUUUGGGCAGGCGUGAGAGAGCAGCAUGCAGCGCGAGCGAGAUAACCGCAUGUUGCACGCAGUAAAUGAUUUGUGAAACGUUUUAUGCAUAAUGAAGUUGGUCAUCGUCAUCGCUCAAUCUCGAUAAAAAAACAGCUGCUUGCAGCUUCCGAUUGUUUACACACUGUUUAAAAAAAGCUCGACAAAACGGCAUGUGCUAAAGAGCGAACGAAAAACCCUCCCGCGAAACAAUAGAGCUCCGUCACACAUACACGCCAGCACACAACGGAACUGUAGUGUAUUUACUGCGGCAUCAACGCUAGAACCGACAAGGGGAAGGAGAGAGAGAGAGUCGAUGUGUUGUGUUGUGCUGUGCCAAGAAUCGGUGUCCCAUUCGGGGUGACAAACGGGGGAAAAGAAAGUUACCAAAUUCCCUGCCGUCAGUGACCAACUUUCUCCCGAACGGGGUCGGAGCGGGACCAACCGACGGGGGAGCAAAGCAAUCCUACCGGGUCCGAGACGAACGCGAUGUGCGUUUCGUAAACAAACAGUGUGGGUUUGCUGCAGAAGCAUCUGCAGCUGCAUCAUUCGGCCACAUCGAUCCAGCGGCCAGCAUAAAUGUGUCGUUACCAUUGUUGCCUAGCCCACCACCAUCCAGUGCAGCCGACGGAUGCGCUCGUUUGAAUGAAACAGAGGGCCACAGUUCGUCGAUCCCUUCACUAAAUUGCGCCGCCACCUCGGACCAGCUCAACCGAUCGGGCAGGCGGUCAUUGUGUACACCCGCGGUCGUCUGCUGCCUAUGGCUGCUGGGGUGCUGACCCUCAAAACAAUUGCCGUUAUACGGCCACCAUCAUUAGCACUACCACCAUUGCCAUCCGGUCGAUCCGGAUCUGUACUUGAGUUCUUGCACCCACAGUGAGGGAGUUAGUUUUGUGCAACAGUGUCAUUAGCAGGCGCUGUACGAACGCGGGAUAGUAAGUGCGCGAGGCAGGCGGGCUGAGGGCCCUAGCAUCACGAUGGACAGUGCAAAGGACACAGACGAUGAGGAGUGUGUCCAUCCGCGGGUCAUCAUUCACAUCGACAUGGAUUACUACUACGCCCAGGUGGAGGAAGUGCUCAACCCUUCGCUCAAGGAUAAACCGUUCGCGGUGAAGCAACGCUUUUGCGUAGUGACCUCGAACUACAUCGCGCGCGAGAAAGGCAUCAAGAAGCUGCAGCCGGUGAAGGAAGCGCUCGCCGCCUGUCCCGAGCUGGUGCUGCUCAACGGCGAAGACAUUACCAAGUACAAGGCGAUGUCGGUGCGGAUCAACGAAAUCAUGCACCGGUUUACGCCGCACGUCGAGAAGCUCGGGCUGGACGAAAACUAUCUCGACGUAACGGAGCUGAUCGCGGAACGGCUCGAACAGCUGGAGGGGGCCGGGGACAGUGCGGCGCUGGCAAAGCUAGACUUUGUCCAGGGGUUCAUACACCCGCCCCGGACCGAUGAAUCGAGCGCGCUCGACCCACCGUCCCACCGGGAGACGGACCGCGACCUGUUCCGGCGCUGUUGCUGCUGUGGCUGUGAUCGAAGACUGAUACUGGCGACGCACCUGGCCCAGGAGAUACGGGACAGCAUAUUCCAGGAGCUGGGGCUGCGCUGCUGUGCUGGCAUCGCGCACAACAAGCUGCUGGCCAAGCUGGUCGGUGCUGUCCACAAGCAGAACAAACAGACGGUGCUGCUUCCGACGCACGCGACCGCGUUCGUCGCGUCGCUCGGUUCGGUGCGCAGCCUCACCGGGAUCGGGGAGAAGACGGCCCAAACGCUGGCGGACAGCUGCGGCAUUAGCACCGUCACGGAUCUGCAAUGCAUCGAGCUGGAUCGGCUAACGAAACAUCUCGGCUACGAGCAGGCCGUCCGGCUGAAGCAGCUUGCCCUCGGGCGGGACGAUACGGUCGUGCGGCAAACGGGGAAGCCGAAAUCCGUCGGCCUGGAGGACUCCUGCCCCUCCAUCUCGGUGCGGGCGGAUGCGGAGGACAAGUUCCGCCACCUGUUGGUGCGGUUGGUGAAAAACAUCGCGGACGAUGGCCGGGUGCCGAUCGCGAUCAAGGUGACCGUGCGCAAGUACGACCUGGCGAAGCGGACCACCCACCGGGAGUCCAAGCAGGACAAGCUGCUGCCCUCCAUGUUCCGGCACGUGGGCGGCCGGCUCGUGCUGGCGGACGGGGCGCAGGAGAAAAUUCUCACCAUCGUGAUGAAGGUGUUCGAGCGCAUGGUGGACCUGCGGCAGCCGUUCAACAUAACGCUGCUCGGGCUGUCGUUCUUCAAGUUCCAGGAGCGGCGCAUCGGCAGCAAAUCGAUCGCCAACUUUCUGAUCAAAAAGUCCGACAUCGAGGUGCAGUCGAUCACGAACCUGAGCAACGAGUCGAUCACGCUCAGCGACAUCAGCUUCUGCUCGAACAAGUCCGCCCUGUCGCUGUCGGCGAUGGACUGCGAGCCCUGCUGCUCGUCCGACGCCGGUUCGGUCGCGUCCCUGUCCGGCUCGGAGUCGGACGCGGAACCGUCGCCGAAGAAAUCGCGCCGGCUGCUGUUCUGUCAGGGCCGGCGGCCCGCACACAGCACACAGGACCGGCACUACGGCAACAGCGAACCGGACGAAACGACGCUCAGCAAGCUGCGUGUCGCCGAUCUGCGCCUGAAUUCCAAAGAGUUCGAUCAAGAUGCCCAUCCGUCCGGCGGCACCACGGCGGUUGCUGCUGCCUCGUCUUCGUCUUCGCCGUCGUCCGGUGCGCCGAUGGACGUUUCCACCACCAGCAGCACGGCCGCAACAACAGCAGCGAAGCAAACCUCCUUCUUCCGCGAGCGAAUUGCGACCGACGCAUCAACAUCAUGCACGGUGCUCCGGCCAGCAGCAGGCGCGUCGAACGAUUGCAGCAUGGCAACCGCGGCUGGCAGCAGCAGCAGUAAGAUGGAGGUCAGCGUAUCAUCCCCCUCAGCAGCGGGGUGCGAUCGUGGAGCAAGUGGGGACCAUCAACAACACCACCAUCACCACCACCACCACCACCACCACCACCACAACCACUACCAGGGCGAGCAGAAGAAUCAUCAUAGCAAAAGUACAAAUCUCCUUCCGCCUAGCGUGGAUCCGGAAGUGUUCCAUGCGCUGCCGGCGGACGUCCAGCAGGAGCUGCUCGCUAACUGGCGACGAGCGAACGGUGCCGGCAUGCUGGUGACGGCCGGCGGUAGUUCCAGCGCAGCGGGAAUGGCUCCCUCCAGCAAACCGAACCUGCUGGGGCCGGGUGCCAGUGGGAGCCCAAACAGUACUCACAGCAACAUUUCCACCACUAAUAGCAGCAGUAGUAGCAGCAGCAGCAGUAGUAGUAAUAGCAGUGCCCCUUCCACGAACGCUGCCACGACGACCGGUAAGGGUAGCGCUAAAAACACUUUACAUCGCUACUUCGUUAAAAACACGUAGCAUCGUUAUCUCGUAUUAACUGUCGCAUCUUAAUAGUAUAUACACCUGUUCUCACUUUCCUCUGAAUCGUUAUCCGGUUGCUAUGGAUCGCAAUCCAUGAGAAUGGAUCGCAAUCAACUACGUCUGAAUCGUUUGCAGCUACGUUUGGAUCGUUGUCAACUACGUUUGGAUCGCUCUCAGCUACCUUUGGAUUUUACGUUAGCUCGCGCAAAUUUCAUUGCGGCGCAAAGUUUAUUCAGUGGCCGCGGGACGCAUUAAGCUUAUGAAAAGAAAAUCAAGUAAUUAAGGCAUUCAUUUCCAAAGUCGAAUAUCAAUUUUAAUAUUUUAUUCUUUAUGUAUUUACAUAUACUAUGUGAAGCUUACUUCACCAUUUAUACAUUUUUGAAUGUUUGACAACAUGUGGCGAACGAAUCCCUCACAGUCAUCUCUGGAAAUUAAAGAUGAUCCGUUGCUAAUUGCAUCCAUUAACUCAUCUUCAUUCAAUGGCUUCGAACGUUUAACUAAGCUUUUCCACUUACUAAACAUAUUCUCUAUGGGAUUAAAAAAUGGAGAAUAUGGCGGCAAAAGCAUCAAUUUAUGGCCGUUGUCUUCUAUAACGCUUUUUACAUCGCGAUUACGAUGAAACGGCACAUUGUCCAUCACCAUGACACAUCUGUGAAUGUUUGAAUUUUCAAGCUUUGCUUGGAGAUUAUUCAAAAAAUCCGUAAAUUUUUCUCUAUUGAUGGCUCUGUUGUGUAGCUCAUAAUGAAGCAUCCCGUUUCUUGUCAUGGCACAUACAACGGAAAAAUUACGCGAACGUAAAGCAGGUACCACUUGGACUGCUCUUAGACCUACCAACGAUCGGCCAUAAUUAACUCUCAUUGAAACUUGGAAUCCAACUUCAUCAAUAAAAACGAUGGAAUCGUCUGCAAAUUCAUUGCGUAGUUGAAUGAAAUUUUCAGCAUAUUCUUUUCUUCCGUCCUCAGCGGAUGGCAAAACAGCCCGUGCCGCAACGUUAUGCAUUCUUUUGAAUGUAUAAUGGAAACCUUCAAUAGCUCGUGAAACUGUUGAAAUUGAAACAGCCACGUUAUGAUUUUCAUAUAGUUUUGCGACAAGAUGCUUCAAUGUUAUUGAACAGUCUUCAUCUAUCCAACGACGCAGGCUUUCAACGUGCUCUUCUUUGAGCUUCCUUGUGUUUGGGGUAGCUCUAACUGUAGCACUAGCUGUCCCAGUGUCUCUAAAUUUUUUAAUUACACUAUGAACCGUGGAAUGCUUCAUAUUCAACAUGUUUGCUAUUUCUUUCAUGUUGGUUCCAUUCAGGUAGGCAUUCACUAUCCGUUCGCGGUCUUCCUUAGAAGUAAGCUUGUUUUUACGAGUUUCCAUAUUGCUAUAAGCAAAAGAUACAGUUAAAGAUAGAAAAAUAACGAAUUCUGAUUCACUAUUCCAAAGAUUACGAAUGUUGAACAAACCUUUUCAAAUUCUUAAGCUUCUUACAACGAUGUUUUCGGGAGGAACCUUACUAAUUGAAAAUUGAGGCAAGUAUGAAAUUUAUAGUUGAAGAACGUUUUUUACGUAAGGAAUACCGCUAUGGGGAACGCCGAGCGGUCACUAUGUGUUGCAAUGAAAUUUGCGCGAGCAACCGUAAAAUCCAAAGGUAGCUGAGAGCGAUCCAAACGUAGUUGACAACGAUCCAAACGUAGCUGCAAACGAUUCAGACGUAGUUGAUUGCGAUCCAUUCUCAUGGAUUGCGAUCCAUAGCAACCGGAUAACGAUUCAGAGGAAAGUGAGAACAGGUGUAUAUACAUCGAUACGUGGUGUGUCCUUUUUUCUCUCUUUUGUUUCAUAUCGAUGGUAAACACACUGCACACACACGUCCGCCAAACGUCCGGCCAUGGCACGGCCCGCACACACGGUGUACGGACGGAGCGCAGGGACAGUGUUGGUUUUAUGUCGCUUAGAGUAACACGUUCUUGAGUUGAUUUGUUAGUUUCAUUGUUUUGUUUCGUUUUUUUUCGGCAAAUUUGGCGCUCUCUAUUUCGUUUACACCGUUAGGCACACUCUACACGGCCGGCGAGUGUUUUAAAUUCUCAAUCGGAACAUAGGCGAAGAAGUACUGUUCAUAUCGUAAUUGUUUUUUUGAUUUUUAGUUUUUCUUAUAGUGUGUGGUGAUUUAAGAGUUAAGCUUUUGCUGAAAAGAUGUACGUUAUGUGUUGUUACCUUUUAUGUGUUUGCCGAGGCUACUACUACUACCCCCAACUCUCUCUCUCUCUCUAACGGAGGAGACGAAAGACGUUGGUGGCGAUUUAAUUUCUUAUGCAACUGUUUGCGAUUUGGUUUUAAUUUUUGUUUGCUUCUAUUUUUCCGUUCUUCUUUUCCCUACAACUUCAUUUUUCAUCGUUCUGUACAUACUUACAUUACUGAGCAAAGCAUUGCACCGUACACAACACAGCCACUUCGGUUUGCCUUCCACCCAUUUAUCAGCAACAAUCAUUUACAACAACUUAAAACCAUUCCCGCCUAAGAGGAGAGAGAGAAAGAGAGGGAGGUAGAAGAGAAUUGAGAGGAUAUAAUGUUUAAUAGUGAAACAAAUACAUAAUAACAAGUUGUUAAACCGAUCAAA